UUGCAUUCGAAAUGAGUGAUUUCCAAACUAAAUAAUAUGUAACACAAUCUUCCUAAAGACAAUAUACAUCAGGCAUCAAGGAUAAUGUCAGAAGUAUCACUCAGGAUAGAGUGGAAUAAGUAAUCACCAGGGAAACUCCAAAGGUUUAAGUAAGAUUAUCUGUUAAAUUAAGACAACCACUGUGGAAGUGGAAUAAAGAAGUGCAACCAAAAUCCCCAGAAUGCAAUCUUAACAAAUUUUAAGAACUUAAACACAAGGAUUUGUCGGAGGGUAAAGUUAUAUUUCAAAUAUGGCUGCAAUUCCUUAAGUUGGAUAUUAAGGCAACUAUUCUGUCCAAUAGAAUUGUGUUGCUUCUCAAGCACUUUGCAUGAAUGUUAUUGUGGUUUCAAAGGAGGAAAUUGAAGCUCCUUGGAGAUUGGAGUGUGAAUAUCUCUAAUCUUUAAUUGCUGAAUUGGAAAAAAGAAAGGAAGUCUAAGUGGUUGAAAAAGUUGUCGAAAAAGAAAAGGUUGUAGUAGAUAACUCCAAAGUAGAUUUCUUGGAGGCCCAAUUAAGACAAUUAAGGUCAGAGAAUGAUUCACUUCAAUUGCAAUUAUAAUCCAUGAGAGGAGAAAUUUAAUUGAGAGGUUCUUAAACUGAAGACUUAGCUGCUAAAGAAAGAGAAUUUUUCAAUCUAAGACUUAAGUUUGAAAGCCAAAUUUAAGACUUAGAAGGUUAAAUCAGAAGAUUAUAGGAGGAAAAUGGUAGAUUAAGGAAAGAAAACAAUGAGUUGCUUAUCAAAUUACGAGAUUAUGAAGUAUUUACAUACUCUAUUAAUAAAGACUAAAAUCGCUAUGUUAUCAUCAGAAAUCGAAAGACUUGCUUAUUCUAUUAAAAUCAAAGACGGAGAUCUUGAAGAUUGGAGACUUCGAUAUGAAUAAUUGGAAUCCUAAGGCCAAACUGUUAUCCAAGAAAAAGUGACAUACUUAUCAUCUGAAGUAGAAGUUUGGAAAUAGAAAUUCAUCAAAGUCAAUCAUGAUUAUAAUGAAUGCUAAGAACAAUUAACCAUGUGUCAAGCAGAACUAGAAGCUCUUAGGAAAGGAUAAAAGAAGGUAUAUAUUUUUUAUUAACUCAAUAGGAAGUUGUUGUAUCAACAUCAAAGGUAGUAACUAGGACAGGUGGAACUACAACGACAUCUUCUAUGGGGUAAACUAGAGGAAGUAGAACUUAUGAGUAAUUUUAACCAUGAAAUAUUGUGCACAUAAAAAUAAUAUUAGG